AUGGCUCGUGCUCUCAUUUUUCUUGUUGUACUUGUGCUGGUUUUCGGAAUGACAUUAGAUUCCGUUUCAGCUGGUACGUGCGGAUGUCCAUGGAAUUCAGCACGUUGUGAAGCUAAUUGUAUGGGAAAGAAUAUUGGUGCUGUAACUGGUUCAUGUCGCGGUUUUGCUUAUGCGUCUUGCAAAUGUAAAGUCAAUGGAAGUUGGCAAUCCAUUGCUGGCAGUUGUUCGAAUUAA